CAGUUCGCUGACGCGUCCCAUUGACCCUUGGAAUUGUAUACAUGAAUACAGUAUGUUGUUCUCAGAAGAAGUUUAGCUUCGUCGUCUUUCAAUGGCGAUUCCGAGGCUUCGCUCUGCGAUACAGUGGAGAAGAUGGGCGAAGAGCGACUGUGCAAUUGCAGCCGUUGGAUUUGCCUUCAUCAUGCUAGUCCUCUCUUUCUACCUCGAUUUCACUUCCGACCCUGGCUCCUCCGUUGACCGAGCUUCUCCCACUGCAUCCCCCGACAAUCUCGUCAAAUUGACGUUAUCGAGUAAAGCCAAAGAGAGAGGAGCAUUUUGCUUGGAUGGAAGCUUACCUGGGUACCAUUUUCAGAAGGGUUUCGGAUCUGGUUCCGGAAACUGGAUUCUUCAUAUUGAGGGUGGAGGCUGGUGCAAUACAGCAGCAUCAUGUAAUUCGAGAGCAAUGACUAAGUUAGGUUCUUCAAAGUACUUUGAACGGGAAGUGCCCUUUGGUGGAAUUUUGAGCAGUGACCCAUCUCAGAAUCCUGAUUUCUUUGACUGGAACAGAGUUAAGAUACGGUACUGUGACGGCACGUCAUUCGCAGGACAACCUGAAGCUGAAUCAAAGAAUCAAACAAGACUUUUCUUCCGGGGUCAGCUCAUUUGGGAGGCGAUUAUGGAAGAACUAAUAUCUUUGGGCAUGUGGGGUGCCAAACAGGCCUUUCUGACAGGAUGUUCUGCUGGAGGACUGGCGGCUCUUAUACAUUGUGACAACUUUAAGGAUCUUCUGCCAAAGGAUGCAUCUGUCAAAUGUCUUGUGGAUGGAGGUUUCUUUCUCGAUGAGCUUGAUGUCCUUAAAAAUCCCACAAUGGGAUCUUUCUAUCAUGAUGUUGUGUACCUGCAGAGUGUAGCUAAGAGCCUGGACAAGAAUUGUAUAGCCAAAAUGGAGCCAUCUAAGUGUAUGUUUCCUAAAGAAAUCGUUAAAAAUGUAAAGACUCCGGUUUUCCUCGUCAACCCAGCCUAUGAUUUUUGGCAAAUACAAAAUGUGCUGGUACCACCAAUUGCGGAUCCAGAUCAGAGCUGGGCAAGAUGCAGACUCAAUAUUAAGGAGUGUGAUGCAGCACAAAUUAAAGUUCUUCAUGGGUUUCGCAGUUCUCUGCUGGAUGCGCUCAAGGAAUUUCAGCAGAAAAAGGAUAAUGGAAUGUUCAUAAAUUCCUGCUUUGUCCAUUGUCAGACAUGGAUGUCUGUAACAUGGCACUCACCCACCUCUCCUAGAAUCAACAACAAGACCAUUGCAGAGACCGUGAGCGACUGGUACUUCGACCGUGAAGCAGUGAAGCUAAUCGACUGCCCUUAUCCGUGCAAUCCCACUUGCUACAACAUGGAUUUUACAGUAUCUUGAUAUAUGAUCGGUCAAUCGAUUUGCUGUUUUUGGGAAGCUUUCCAGCUCAGCCGGAGGCAUAGUCUCUGGUUUCCUCUUUUGGUGUUAACGGGAAGACAGCGUAGAGAAAGCCAGCUAGUUGGUUUGUUGUUUAGUUGUCUGAAUGUCUAAUGACACUCUUCAUUAGAUUCUGACUGUGAGUUAAGUCUUCUUGCAACUCUCUGGUCGUCUUACGUGGAUAAAAAUAAAACUAUGUAAACUCUGGCAUUGUAGAUAGAAUGGAAACGGAAUUUUAAUUUUGAAA